UUCUUUCACAGCCCUAAUACUCGAGUCCGGGAAAUCUUUGAUCCAUUUUGAAGUAGACGGCCCGCGACGAAAAUAGAUCUAACUGUUAUGCAUGCGGAAGCUUGAGGUCGUGUCAGCCGGUGAACGAAGAAAUUCCAUUGCCUCGAGAGCGAUAGAGCAUCGCGCAGUAACGGAAGACAGGCGGCUGGGAGAGGCAAGGUCGGGAUGUAUCUCAGCAAACGACUCGAACUCAGAAACCGAGGUCGUUCGGCGAACGUACGAGAGACGAAACGCUCGAAACUCGAAGGAAGAGCGCAAUGCACGGGGGGGAUCUGGCGGCGGGGAGAAGCGAGGAGAGAGGGGAAAGGAUGGUGCCACUGUCGACUACGGAGGGCAAAAGACGGGGGUAGCUGGCUGAAGAGGCAAUAUAGGAGAAAGCUUAUUAUUGGACUUCGCUGCACCCGAGAAGAGAACAAAAUACAGGCGAGCAGUGAUUGCUGUUUCCAAUUGAACCUCCUCGCCACGCCACGCUCUCUACCUGAAUGAACGCGCUAGCGGAAAAUAAUCAGGCCCCGCCCGGAGCUACUAUCUAGCAUUCGCGUAUCCACCCCCGUUCUUACUCUUCUUCCGUCUUCGCGUAUCGGAGUUGUUGCUCGACGUCCCUGCUUGUUUCAGGUAUCGAGUAACGGCUAAGUAAACGUUCGUGAGAAUUCUCAUCUCAUUUUCUUACUGCGUAGAAACUAGACUUGCUCAAAUUAUUUAUUUCGACUUGCACGUACUUUGCAACAAAAGAUAUUAGAAAAUAAAGCAAAAUUUGCCACACUUUAACGUAGCAGAGUUACAUAUAAAGAAAUGCUUACUUACAAUAUUUCCAAAAUUGGAUUAUUUCAAAAUAUAUUAGGAUAUUAAUUAAAGAUAUAUCAGAAUGUAUCGAAAGUAUGCCAAUAAAUUGCUAACGCUAAAC